AUGGCUGCAAUUAAACCCUCACUCAUCUCUUCCUCGCACUCCAUCAGACACACCCCUCUUCACCCAACCCUAACCCCUCUCUUUUGCUGCCCCAAAACCCUAAACCCUAAACCGCCUUUCCUCAAAAUCACUCUUGCUGUUUCUCACUCCCUCUCACGUGCCCACAACACCUCCUUUAUUGUUCACUCCAAAAACCCAAUUUCCCACAUUUUGUCUGCAGACAAAGAAUACCCAGAUGACAUCUCUGUCGACUACGAUGAUGAAAAGCCUCGAGAGGAGUGCGGCGUGGUUGGCAUCUACGGCGACCCCGAAGCGUCUCAUCUUUGCUAUUUAGCCCUCCACGCGCUCCAACAUCGCGGUCAAGAAGGGGCAGGGAUAGUCUGUGUUAAAGACAGCGUCCUUCAAACCAUAACCGGCAUGGGGCUCGUCUCCGAGGUCUUCGACCAGUCAAAACUCGACCAGUUGCCAGGUGACUUGGCUAUUGGACAUGUCAGGUACUCCACUGCAGGUUCCUCUAUGUUGAAAAAUGUCCAGCCAUUUGUUGCAGGGUAUAGGUUUGGAUCUGUUGGGGUUGCCCACAAUGGUAAUUUUGUAAAUUAUCGUGCCCUAAGAGCCAUGCUUGAAGAGAAUGGUUCCAUCUUUAAUACCAGUUCGGAUACCGAGGUUGUUCUUCACCUUAUUGCAAAUUCGAAGGACAGACCUUUCCUAUUGAGGAUCGUUGAGGCGUGUGAGCAGCUUGAGGGUGCAUAUUCUAUGGUGUUUGUGACUGAAGAUAAGCUUGUUGCGGUUCGAGACCCUCACGGGUUUCGGCCUUUGGUUAUGGGGAGGAGGAGCAAUGGUGCUGUUGUGUUUGCUUCUGAGACCUGCGCGCUUGAUUUGAUUGAAGCAACAUUUGAGAGAGAGGUGUGUCCCGGAGAAGUUUUGGUGGUAGAUAAAGAGGGGGUUCUAUCACAAUGCCUUUGGUUUUGUCCUCAACCAAAACAAUGUAUCUUUGAGCACAUAUACUUUUCUCAGCCGAAUUCUGUUGUUUUUGGGCGUUCUGUUUAUGAAACCCGGUUUGCAAUUGGGGAGAUUCUUGCAACGGAAUCCCCGGCUGAGUGUGAUGUUGUGAUAGCAGUGCCCGAUUCAGGUGUGGUGGCUGCACUUGGUUAUGCUGCCAAAGCUGGUGUGCCUUUCCAGCAGGGUUUAAUUAGGUCUCAUUAUGUUGGGAGGACCUUCAUUGAGCCAUCCCAGAAGAUUAGGGACUUUGGGGUGAAGCUUAAGCUCUCUCCAGUCCGGGCUGUGUUGGAGGGUAAGAGGAUUGUGGUUGUGGAUGACUCGAUUGUGAGAGGAACUACGUCUUCAAAAAUUGUUCGGUUGUUGAAGGAGGCAGGUGCUAAGGAAGUUCACUUGAGGAUCGCAAGCCCCCCGAUUAUAGGUUCAUGUUAUUAUGGAGUGGACACCCCAAGUGCUGAGGAGUUGAUUUCAAAUAAGAUGAAAGUUGAGGAGAUGAGGGAGGCUAUGGGACUGGAUUCACUCGCUUAUCUGCGACUUGAUAGCUUGAAGAAGUUGUUGGGAAAGCAAUAUCAUAACUUCUGUUAUGCUUGCUUCACCAGAGACUACCCUGUCAAGCCUAGAGACUAA